UUUUCAUAAAUGUCACUCAUGUAAUUUGUCAAUUACUGUCUGUUGGGUAGAUUAAAGUUGAAGUUGUAAGGCUAAAAGCACGAUAAACUAAAAAAAGUUGUUCGCUUAUGUUAAAUAAUCAAUAAAAUUGUUUAAAAUUUCUUUUUUUACGCAAGUUUAAUUUUCUAGCGACAAUUAAAACAUUACCGAGAUGAAUCAAUUUAGUUUAGGAGGUUCACAACUAACCAGAAAUGAAAUAUUUUCCAUGAUAUUGCGUGUUUCAGUGGCAUCCUUGGUGACGUUUUAUAGUGUGAAGUGGAUGAUUAACCAGUUGGAUCCUACGAGCAAGAGUAAGAAAAAAGCAAGACUUCGAGCUGAAGAACAAAUAAAAAGGCUUGGCGAUCAAAGCGAUUUUAAAAUCAAUAUAAAUAAUCUCACUGACUAUGAAUUGAUGAUUGCUGCUAACUUGGUAGUUCCUGAUGACAUUCCGGUCAGUUGGAAAAAUAUCGCUGGCUUAGAUUCAGUGAUACAAGAGCUUAGAGAGUCUGUAGUUUUGCCUAUUCAACACAGGGAGCUCUUCAACAAGUCAAAAUUAUGGUCUGCCCCAAAAGGAGUAUUAUUGCAUGGGCCACCAGGCUGUGGUAAAACGUUAAUUGCAAAAGCAACAGCAAAAGAAGCCGGAACACGGUUUUUAAAUUUAGACGUUGCAAUGUUAACUGACAAAUGGUACGGAGAGUCGCAAAAAUUGGCUUCCGCUGUAUUUACUUUAGCUGUAAAAAUUCAGCCAUGUAUAAUAUUUAUCGAUGAAAUUGAUUCUUUUUUGCGUUCACGAAACUCAACAGAUCAUGAAGCUACAGCUAUGAUGAAAACACAAUUUAUGAUGCUAUGGGACGGUUUAAACACUGAGCAAGGCUCCACAGUUAUCGUAAUGGGUGCUACUAACAGACCACAAGAUUUAGAUAAGGCUAUACUUAGAAGAAUGCCUGCACAGUAUUACAUCGGCUUACCAAAUGAAGAACAGCGUAUUCAAAUCCUUAAACUUAUUUUAGAAACCGAAAAUAUAUCAGACAACCUUGAUUUUUCAAGAUUAGCCAACUUGACAGAUGGCUUUUCUGGAUCUGAUCUAAAAGAGUUAUGUCGAAACGCUUCAGUAUACAGAAUGAGGCAAUACAUGCGCAAAGCUGAUGAAGAAUCAGUUAAAUCUUCAAAUGGAGGGAUAUAUUUAAGCAAAAAUUCAAGCAUAAGCUCGGAUAAUAGUCCGAGGGAAAUGUUAGCAAUUACCCAGGAAGAUAUUAUGAAUUCAUUUAGAAAGAUGAAAGAAUCAAAAAUGCAUACAACUAAUGCUUUUCCUGCGUGUCGUAUAGAAUUAGAUUAACAUACAAAUAUUUAAGAUCACUUCAAUUUCAAAAGUUCAUUUACACAUUUUUCGGAUUGUAGUUUACCGUUAUAAAAUUUAGGGCGAUUAAUAAAAUUUUAAUAUGCAUAUGGUUAUAUAUAGAUUUUAAAUUUAAAAAAGUAUUUACAUAAUUAAGUUAAAUAGGUUUUAUUAUUAUACCUAUUGUAAAUAACUAUUAAAUUCCACCUGAAAUUUUAAUAUUGAUAACUAAAAAUUGAUAUAAAAUUUAAAAUUUAUUAAACAACGUGGAAUGAAAAUAACGAAUAGGGGUUAAACUAAAUAAUUAUUGAUUUUUAAAUAAAAAGUUUAGAACAGGAAUGACAUUUUAUGACUUUAGUCCUUCUAUUAAAUGAUCUCUAUAAUAUGAAUUGUUAAUUGCAAUAUAACAUUGAAAAACUAAGAAAACGUUAUACAUAUAUUUCUCGAAUUAAAUGUUAUUUUCAAAGUUUCUGUUCGAUUACAUUUCAAGUUCAUUUAAACUGUAUUUAACUAAUUAUAUCACUUUAUUAAACGAAGUUCAAAAGAUGUUUUAACAUUAAA